AUGGCCGCCCAUGAACCCGAAGCCGAUUUGAUCAAUCUUGCAACGCUGAACGCGGAGCAGUUAACUCAAGUCAAGAAGCAAAUCGAUGAAGAACUUGACCACCUCACCCAGUCUUUCGCCCAGCUCCAUGCCGUCCAGGGCAAAUUCAGCGAAUGUCUUAGAAUCGUCAAGACACCAUCAGUAGCUGAGAAAUCCGUCCUCGUUCCCUUGACCAGUUCGCUCUAUGUCCGCGGGGACCUGACAAACUCCAAACAUGUAAUCGUCGACAUUGGGACGGGCUAUUACAUUGAGAAGAAUCGCCCAAAUGCAGAGCGGUUCUACGAAUCUAAGAUCCAGCAACUGCUAGGGAACAUUGAAGACCUUGAGAAAAUCAUACAUCGUAAAACAGCAAAUGCCCGGACCGUGGAAAAUGUUUUGCGUCAAAAAGUAGUACCUGUAUAAAUAACUAUAUGAAAAUACAUUAGGCCCCGUUCGACAAUUUCAACAACUUUUGAAAAUGUAUCAAAAUGUACAAAAAAUGCACAACUCAUAACCCAC